CAACGGUUGACCGACACGCACCACAAGAGAGGUCCAUUCAUUCACAAAUCCACAUCAUCCGCCGACCCAUCCACCAUCCCAUCCCAUCAUCGUGUCUACAUGGCACGUUCCGAUUCUACAUACGGACCUGUUAUCAACAUCAAGUCCAUGGACAUGCAGCAGCAGAGUUGACUCAUUCACCAAACAAACACGUCCACACACCAUCCGCACGCACGCGCACACACUCACACCCACAGAUUACGGGAAAGGCCGCCCCCUGAGUGCUUUUUUUGCGCUCAGGGGAGCACACAUACACCGUUACACCGUUCACACACACGGACACACGCAGACUGGGCCCUCCGCUCUUUUCCGCCCCCCUCCAGUCCGUCUGGUCUGCUCGAUCGAUAAACGAUGCCGAAUCUGGCCUGCUCGAGGCAUCCCCAUUGGUGUUGGUGGGGGCAGUGGAGGGCGGGGAGGGUGUGAAUGCGUGUGGACGGGGUCGACAUGGCCGGCGUCGACGGGGUGGGCGGGGGCUUAUCCAGGGGGUGGGCUUUGAUGCGCUCCGUCAGGGCCUUGACGAUCGACGCUGCACGACUCGCAACUUGACAGACAGACAGACAGACAGACCACGACAUCACACGACACAUGGCUGCGGGCGCGAGAAUGUCCUGUUGCCAUGCGUACGUACCUGUGGGUUUGGCGAUUUGCUGAGGUGUUGGCCGAGCGUGGGUCCCAGCUUGGACGUCUGCAGAGGGCGGAUGACCAGGUCAGCGUCAAAGUGGCCGCAUAGAGACUCCACCUCGCCCAACACCGACAGACACUCGUCGUACGACUGACACAACCAACACCGAGCGUAUGGACGGAUGUGUGGGUUCGUGUGUCUGGCUGAUGUAGGUCCCUACCUCAGCGCCAUGCAGUUGGGUGAGUCGCUCCCUGUAUGUCCUCAUCCGCUCCAAGGCGGCUGCCUCGCCCCAUGAGGCGGGGGGAGGUGCCACCGUCACGGCCACAGACGGGCUGCCCUCGUCCUUGCCGCCGAUGUCUGUCGGUGUGGGCUCCUCCUUAACGGCAGCCGCAUGAUGAGACACCAACAGUCCGGUCCUCGACAGAUGCCCCAGCUGUCCCCACUCGAACUCGCAGUCCUGAUCGCCCAGGUGCUCAUUGAAGCCCUUGAUCACCCCCACCACACCGUGCUGGGCCGCCUCAUCCAGCCGGGCCUUGUGCACCACCUCACGCAGACCCACACGACCAGCAGUGUGCACCGCAUGAGAAGGACGGCUGUCGACACCUUCGAGAGCGAAGCACUGCAGCGGCGGCACGGUCACCUUGACGCGCCUGUCGCCCUGCUGCUCGUAUCUCGUCCCGCCCACCACCUCCCUGUUGCUGCUCGUCUGUGUGGCCGCCGACUUGACGAAGUGGCCGACGGCCGCACACACGCGGCGCCUCAGCAGCGACUCGCCGAUGAGGUACUCGUUGAUGGCGGCCACAGCAGUGAGGGGCUCGUGCAGGAAGGCGCCGAUCUUCCAUGCGAUGGCCUCUGCCUCGUGUGGGCCGAAUGACAUCUUGGAUGGGGAGGGGUGGGGGUGGGCGCCGUCGUGGUGGGGGGUCAGGGGCAGCAGAUGGGCGAGAAGCAUCGAGUGGUUACGCUGGGGGGCGAGGGCGGCGUUGAUGGCCGACAUGACGGCGGCGCGCAGCUCAUUCAGCAGUGUGGCGUACUCGGCCAGCACCAGCUGGCGGCGGCGGCGGCUCACCUCGACGGCGGUGAGCAUGCGGGCGAUGGAUGGGGCAGCCCCGCCCCGCAGCAGCACACCGAUGGUGGUCUUGAACUCUGCGAUCCAUCUUUGGCGCCGCUCCUCCUGCCCGUCCUCGUGUUGCUCCUGCUCUUGGUACUCGUCCAGCUUGUCGGCAGCGAUGGCGACUGGUGGCUUGUUGGGCUGGCUGCCUCUGUUGACGUCGUCGGCUGUGAGCUGGCGGCACAGCCAAUGAGCCACACAGGGGGAGCCAAACAAUGCCGCCCGCUCCAAUGGCGUCAUGCCCAGGGUGUCCAUCAAUUUGGUGUCCGUUGCCCUUAUGUCGACUCGGUGGCUGGUAAUGAGGGAGAGGUACUGGUCGAUGAACAGCUGGGAGAAGAGGCCAGUAGAGCUCCUGGCUGCCGAAUUGACCAGAUUCUCUCCAUAAGCGGUCCGUUCGGUUGCGAGGGUGCUGUCGUGUUGGGCAAGUCGGCGAUAGAUGUCCAUGAGAGUGUCCUCGUACUCACGAGUGGCGGAAGGGGCAGCAUCGGGGAAGAAGGGAAGAUCCAUCACCCAAAUUCCCCGCAAGUCGGCCUGACCCGCCAAGAGGGCCUCCACUGCCGUCAGAUUGCCCGCACGAAUCGCCACCUUGAUGGGCCGCUCCACCAUACAUCCCCCUAAGCCCCCAUUGACGUCCGCCCCGCCGUCGAUGAGUGCAUUGAUGACCUCACGCUGCAGCUGACGGGAGGGCCACUGCGACGUGACGACGGGCACGUCGAUGAGAAAAUUUGCGCCGGUCGCGACGAGAGAUGGUGUGCCUGUUGGGCUGUCGAUGGCGAAAGACAGGCAACUGUAUUGCCAGAUCGGGGAUCCUGUUGUGGUGCCGCGGGGACGAAGGCAGCCGAUGGCUCUCAGAUCAGCUCCUUGACGGAUCAGCCAUGUGACCUGCGCCCCACUCUUGAUGGUUCGGCGGAUGCAGCCCUCCAGCAGCUGCCGACUCAGAGGAGUGACGCCCGCAUCAGGGACGAUGUGGACGUCAUCCAGCCCCUUACAGCCGGGCGGCACAGCAGCAGGAGGUGCUUGCGGCCCUCCCCGCCUGCCUGAGCCAUCCCUCUUAGUCGACCGCGGGAUGACAUCAUCGUCACUGUCCUGCUGCUGUUGCGUCACAGGCUUGGCUGUCCCACCACUGCCAUUGCCGCUGCUGGUGCGUGUCGCAGCGGCCGCUCUGUCCUUGUCGCCUUUGACGCGCUUCCUGACGCCAAUCGUGUGGUCAGCCUUGGACUUGGCCCGCCGCGGCGCGUGGGGCGAUGACGGGGGCUGGGGGUUCUCCUGCUUGAUGGGCUGGCCGCUCGGCGCACUCUGGGGCGACUUGUCCUCGCUGUUGACCUUGCCAGCUGACCUGGGCGGGGCUGAGGUGUGUCCACCGGCCUGGGUGUCCAUGGGGGCGGGCUGGGUGGCGGGUGGCGUCACGGAUGGCGCGGUGGCCACGGACGGUCCAAACACCUCCCCCCACCCGCCACCAGGCCGGGAAAGCGACCCAUCUGCCUGCUCCGCGACCUCAGACACCAUCUGCAUGGCCUCGUCGGGGUGGAUGGGAGGGACGAUGUUGUCCCUCUCCUCAUGGUGGUGCGGCGCAGACAUGUGCACAGGUAGUGGCAGCAGUGGCUGGGACGGGUCAGAGGGAAUGCGGGUCAGCUGGUGGGGGGCAUUGGUGCCGAGACAGCUCCGGUUGGGAAGCUUGAUGUCGCUGGGCUGGCAGGGCAGCGGGGUACUGUGGGUGAAGAAGGGGUGCUCCAGAGCUGCACUCGCCGUGACCCGACACUCUGAAGGAAGGAACCGACGAGUCGGAAAUAAGGGAAGGCAGUGCUUUCUUUGUCCAUGUGUCGGUGUGUGUGUGUGUCUGUGUGUGUCUGUGUGUGUGUCUGUGUCUUGCCUGGGUCGAGUGUGAGCAUCUUGUCCAGCAGAUCGACGGCAGUCUUAUCCCAUCUGCAUGAUCAGACACAAACCAUACACACACACGCACACAUACACAUUUGCGUCUGAUGUGAUGUGCCUGGAUGGAUGGGUUUGUGGUGCUGGAGUCCCUCUCCCCCACUCUCUGCUCUGCGUCCUUACUCUCUUCUGAAUCGGUAGCGUAUGUUGCGUGGUAAGAUACUCUCCGGCCUGUGUUUCUCCCACUCGGGCAGCCGCACCGCCUCGCUCCAUGUCAUGCUGUUAGGACUCCCGCACAACUGCAGAAUGAAUGUAUUGGCAUCCCAUUAAUGCACACAUGAAACAUACACCCACCACACCAGCCCACCGACGCACGGCAGUGCGGUCGAUCGGUCAGCCUCACCCAGAAUAUCAUAUCGACCAAGUCCUCCUCGCUCUCGCCGUUGAAGAGAGGCUUCCCCGUCAUCAGCUCAGCCAAGAUGCACCUUGAAACAAACAAGGGCAAGAAUACUCACAAGUCGGUGCGCGCAUUCUGCCCAUCUCAGAUGUCCAUGUGUGUGUGUAUGCCGGGUGUGUGCUUGAACAUCCACCCACCCGGCGGCCCAGAUGUCGACAGCGGUGCCGUAAUUGACCGAACCAAGCAGCAGCUCCGGCGGUCUGUACCACAGUGUCAUGACCCGGUUGGUGUCGUGCGCCUGCUGGGACGACUUGACAUGCGGCCUGAUGAGGCCAAAGAUGACCACAAAGAAUGAAUGCAUGGACCAGACCAGGCCCUUGGCUCACCUGGCAAGGCCGAAAUCGCCCAAUUUGAGCUCGCCUUCCUUGGUCAGCAGCAGGUUGGAACCUGCACAAAGAACACACCAGAGCACAGCACGGCCGCUUCUGCACUGCACGUGUGUUGAGGGGGCAGGGGAGGCGCGAGUGAGUACUUCUGAUAUCUCCGUGUACGAUGAGGUGCUGGUGGCAGUGCUGCAGCCCCUCCAGCAGCUGACGCAUCAGGCACUUGAUCUCACGCAAAUCAAACUGCACAUACAACCACACAACCACACAAAUAACCAACCACAGUCAUAUCCAUCCAUCCAUCCACCAUCUUCGCAUCUCAUCUGCACGCGCCACCCACCUACCUUUCCGUGCCGCCACUCUGAAAGGCCAAGAAGGUCAUGGUACAUGGCGGGAGAGUCCUCCUCAUCAAGUAGAGUCGUCUGACGCAUAUAGAGGUCGGGUUGCUGCGCACACACGCACAACUCACCCACACACAUCCACAGCCAAUUCAAUUCCUUUAUGUGGGGUGCGUGUGUACGAGUGUUCAUGUGUGCGCACACGUGUGUGUCCGCACCUUCGAGACCUUCUGCAGGGCCUUGACGAUCGACGCUGCCCGAUUCGCAACAUGACACUGGUCAACAAACGAGGCUGUGCCCUCUGCCCACCUUACCUGACGGUGCGUGAGGACCAGCACCGAGCCCCACCGAUGAACACGGUGCUGCGACGAUCUGCGAUGGGCUGUCACUGAUGCGCUGAGCCGAAGGAAGGCAAUCACACCGGGCAGCAGACGACAAGAGAAAGAGAAACAAAGAGGAAAGGGCUGCAGAACACCGACGAAACGAGAUCUAUCUUCGGUUCAGAACGACGGAUGUCAGCGUCACUCUUGACGAGCCACAAUGACGCGCCGUCGCGAGCUUACGUGCGAAGUCUCGUAAACACAAUAUGCAAGCCGCUCCUGUGGUUGCAGCCGUCCUCCUGUGACUGAUCCAAUGUUAUCACUGACCAUUGCUAAAUGCGCAGCCCCGCUUUGGUCCUCUCUUUUGAUUCGUCUUAGGGCUUGCUUGUCCAUCGGAACGAGCGUCUGAGACGAGGCGGCCGGUCCGUCGCGGUCGACAAGCAAGCCCAUCAGGACGACGCACACCAGUGGGGCUUGCUGAACACGCGCAAAAACGCCCUGACGUGCCCUUCUGUCUGUCCAUCAGUGAAAUGCACUCAUGAAUGCGACGAGUCACGACAAGAACAACACAGCCCCCGUCGCUCGCUAUGCACCCCCAAUGGUGAGGGACGUACUCACGGCACUCGCCAGGGCGGACACAUCGUCAGGCUGGUGUUGGUGUGAUUGCGUGACAGACACCCGGAGGGAGAGAGGUCUGUGUGUCUGUCUGUUUGUCUGUCGUAGUAUAUAGUAGGGGAGGGAGACGCCACGAUACAUACGAUGUUUGUUUGUGUAGGAAGUGAGGUGAGAGAGUGUAUUUCUGUUGUGUGAGUGCUCUACAGCCGACAUGUGUCCAUCCAAUCCAAUCUAGACGCGCGCAGAAUGGCAGUCAGUCGAGAGAGUGCUUUGUGUGUAAUGUAGUCUUAGGUGUGUGGAUACCAGGGGGAGACAGGGAGGGAGGGAGGGAUGGAGGGAGGGAGACACUUGACGCUUGUCGACGAUGGAUGGAUGGAUGCCUCACUUUGGUUGCUGAUCUUCGUGUCGUCGUGUCGACAGACCAAUCUGGAUCGAUCAACGGUUAGUUAGUUAAUUGGAGCCAGCAUGCAAUUCGCACGCAGUCCUUGAUUCACGCAGCAUCCAAUCCAUCCGCCCGUACGCAUCUAUACGUAGUACCUACUGCCAACCGACAACCAACAAGACGUCAUCAACACACUCACACACACACACACACACACAGAGGCACAGAGGCACUCGCCAUGCCACACGCGCACACGCAUACAGCUCUCAGCAUUCCAACGUCUUCUUCCUUUCCUUCUCUGUCUGCCUGUUGUCCUUUCUUCUCUCUUGUCGUGUGUCUGCAGCCACUCAUCCAUCCAUCCACUCAUCCAGUCGCCCGUCCAGCCAGUCAGUCAGGCACGCCAGCCAGCCAUGCAGCCCAACAAAUGAAAUAAAUGAAAGCCACUGCGCAGCGACCGUUCAAGCAAGCGAGGCGGGCGGGCGGGCAGGAAGGGCGAGAAUCCAAUCCAACGUCAACCGCAAUCCCUCCCUCAGCCCCUCCGGCAAAAAGAUACACCGACGAGGGGUACAAUCAGUCAAUCAAUCAAGCAAGCCAUGCAAAAUCGAUUCAGACACGUUUGUUGUUGUCAAAAGUGCGAAGCCAUCAAUCACGGCAGGCAGGCAGGGAGACAUCGGCGUCAGAGAGGUGAGGUGGACGGAUGGAAAGAAUCAAUGAGUGCGAAACGCUUAGCAAGAAUCACAGACAGAGCCACAGCCAGCCAGCCGUCCAGAGAGAGUGUGGGGCGGGUGGAUGAGAGACAGAUGGUGGAUCAGAUGGAUGGCACCCGUAGCAUGACAGCUAGCUAGCUAGCACAAGACAGCUUGCAAGCCCUCAUGCACACACGAUCUACCUAGGAAAAGAUAAGGGCCCCCCUGCCCAAGAGGAGCCGUUUAAUUGCCGC